CGCAGCUCCAAAUAGCCCGCUAGCUACUCAGUGCCUUGCAGGAUCUGACGCGUGAGCGAGAAGGAGGUGGGUGAGGGUGGGUGGUAUGGUAAGGGUCCAUUCUACGCUUCGCUGUCAACACGACUUUCGAAACUGUGUCCUUUGACGAGCACCUGCCGGCAUCGCGCUGUCCCCCAAGGAAGACAUUACAGGAGGGGUAGGGAAAAGCUGGUCUGAGCCCCAAAAUAUUUAACCUUUGUUGACGCUGUUUGCCUCGACACACAUUUUCGGGCUUCAUUCUGUCCAAUUGGCCUUUGCGCAGCCCUGCAUUCUUGUUGUACUGCUCCCUGUCGAGCCAUUGGAUAUCUUCUCCUUGUCCAUUUCGUUCUUGCGUCGAGUUACAAGAGGAAUCCGACUCCUUUUCUCCUUUUGUUUCUUUCUCUUUCGAUUUUCCUCUGGGGCACAGCCUUUUCCUUUUCUUCUCUUGUGAUACCCAUUUUGUCCUGCGAAAAUGCGUCUCCGGUCGUCUCUCGCGCUGGCUGCGAUCGCAAGCGUCGCCCGGGCCCAGUAUCUUCUCAACGAGCUGAGCUUUGGAUUUGGCAGCAAAAUCUCGGAAAAUGGCCAGAUGAUACCGCACUACUCGCUUCAGGGCCAGCCGUACCUCCCCGAAGUCAUGUCGAACAAGGUGGUUCUGACACCUCCAGCGCCGGGCAACCUGCGCGGAGCGAUCUGGGCCGACAACCCGUUGGAGUACGACGAGUGGACGGCCGACGUCAGCUUCCGGGUCAACGGGCCUGAGCGCGGUGGCGGCAACGUGAAUAUCUGGCUUGUGCGCGACGGCUCCCACGAAGUUCGGUCCGGCGGCGUCUACACCGUCGCGCAUUUCCAGGGUCUCGUGCUCGCCAUUGACCAAUACGGCGGCUCAGGUGGCAUGAUCAGGGGCUUUCUCAACGACGGUUCCACCGACUUCAAGGCGUCACAUGUUGACGGUCUCUCUUUCGGUCACUGCAACUAUGCGUACCGCAAUCUCGGGCGCCCUUCUGAGAUCAAGAUCAGCCAGAGCCACGCGCUCUUCAAGGUCGAAGUUGACGGGCACCCCUGCUUCCAGAGCGACCAGAUCGAGAUUCCCCGCGGCUAUCGGUUUGGUGUCACGGCCGCCUCAGCCGAGAACCCAGACUCGGUCGAGCUGUUCAAGCUUGUCGUCCUCUCUGACAAGCACGACAACCACCAUGAGCCAGAGCACUAUGACCAACACCACGACGAGCACCACGACCAAAAGUCCCAGUACCAUGAGGAUGGCGACCACGCACCGCCAUCCAAGUUUACGCGAGGCCAUGGCCAUCAUGAUGCCCACCACGACGACGAGACCUACUCGUACGAAGCCGACAUUCCGGACCAGGACGCGGGCAAGCUCACCAGCUCGCUGGCGCAGUUUGAGGAUCUACACAACAGGCUGCAGAGUGUGAACCAUCACCUGUCCACCAUCUUCCGCUCGAUCUCGCACCAGAGCACCAUGGACGAACGGCGACACGAAGAGAUAUCGACCAUGAUCCAUAGCGUGAAGGUUGCCCUCGACAAGUUGACGGACCUCGACAACCGCCUACAGAGCGUGGAGCGGGAGGUGCGCAGCGUCAAGUCCGAUAUCACCCACAAGGUCCAGUCCACCGAGAACAACAUCAAGAGCAUUGUUGGCGAUACGCACUCCUACCUGGCCAAGAAGGUCGAGCAGCACGCAGCCCCAGGCCAUGGUCGCCUUAUCUUUGUUAUUGUUGGCAGCCAGGUCAUACUCAUUAGCGCGUUUAUCGUCUACAAGCGACGAAAGUCGUCCAUGCCGAAGAAGUAUCUGUAGUCGUAUUGGCGGUGGUCUAGACAUUUGAAUGUUUGAUAGUUUACCUACGUUACUAGAGGUUUGGGAGGAAUAAAACUUUUGUUUUGCGUAUGUUCAAAUGUCAGCCAGAAAAUCUUUCCUAGUGAAUUUGUGAA